GUUUUUGUGGUUAAAGGGUGCAGCAGCACCCACCCACCCCGCUCCCUCUCUCUGUAUUUUGCACGGAAAUGCGCUCGGAGAGCGGCAACGCAUAGCAUGACAAGGAAGGAAGUGUAAAGACAAGACAAACUCCGUCUCAUCGGAAUGAGCUCUUACAGGAAUCCCUUCCACAGGCUCGGGGCGCUGAACACGUGAGAAGAAAAAGGCUGCAGCACAAGUCGGACAUCAUCCCUGCGGUAAGAAGACUUGAAAAAAGUUUACAUUCCAUGUCCAUCAUCGAGCUGAGAAGCUGUUGACAGGGACGUGAAUCAGACAAAAGAGGAAAAGGACGAAGGGAGGUAGCUGUAGAGAAUAAGAGCAAGCGCUCAAAAACAGAGGGAGAGCAGGGGCCCAGGAGGAGAGGAUGGAGGCUCUGGUUCCUUUGCUGAAGAGUCACCCAGGCCCCUCAGUGCUGGUAUUUACACUGAUGUUCAGGGUGGUCCACCGGUUGCUGCAAAGGCUGCCUGUGCCCAAAGUGGUGAGGCAGGAUGACUUCAGUACCUGGAAGUGGAAGAACCUCUCCGUCUCAGUGGUGCACUCUCUGCUGACUGGGACAUGGGCCCUGACCUGUGUGGCGGUUUGGCCCGAGAUGUUGAGCAACAUUUACUCUUACAACACCCCCUUGUCCUACCUGCUUGUCUGCAUCUCAACAGGAUACUUUGUGCAGGAUGCAGGUGAUAUUAUCCUGACAGGACAUGCAAAAGCAUCAUGGGAAUUCCUAGUCCAUCAUGUGGUGGUGAUCUCGUGUUUCCUGUACUCCCUCUACACUGAGUUGUAUGUAGCUGGCGCUGUAAUCGCUCUCUUUGUAGAGGUCAACAGUGUUACCCUCCACCUGAGGCUGUUGAUGAAGCUGGCGGGAGCUCAGUUUUCGUCCAUGUACCACAUCAACAAAGUGGUCAACAUCCUUACCUACAUCACGUUCCGCAUGGGCACCCAGGCCUACCUCACCUGGUACAUCAUCCACAACUACGCCUGGCUGACUAAUGGUUUAUUCUUCCUCAUCUCCAUGAUAGUGAUGAAUAUUAUGAUCCUGGUUUAUUUCUACCGCCUGCUCCGUGCAGACUUCUUUCCCCGGAGUAAGAAAUCUGUGGGAUACAACGGGACGUAUAACAGCAACUCCAAAAAGUUUCCCUGUGAUUGACUGGGGAAGGUUUACAUGCUCAUAGGCUAUUGUGUUGUUAUUUAGGUUGGGAGUUUACACAUUUUGUCUUUU